AGCUGUAGCUGGGAAGGGGAGGCUGAGUGAAAGGACCUGCAUUAAUGUGAACUCUGAAUCUGAGCUAAGCAGUCAACAGCUGUGUUUGCGUUCUGGUGCUUUUCGUUCGGUCACAGUAGUCUAAUAGAGCGCGGAAGACGAUUCAUGCACAGAGAACGACAUAUUUCACUCCGGUGGCUCAACUUAAUAAGACAGUGAAGGAUGAUGGGUUUGAGAUGGUGGCUGCGAGCAGCCACUUUUCUGCUGCUCAGCUUGACCGGACUUAACUCGGAGCAUCUCCAAGCCAAGAACCUCAACCUCCUUCCCCCUGACGAGCACAACGUGGUCAUGAACCAUGGAAUGAGAGUGCUGCCCAGAGACUGUUAUGAAAUGCUGAUGACCUCUUCAGGCCAGGCCAGAGAUGGCGUGUACCUGAUCCAACCGGGUGAUUCUCCCAUUGUGGCCUACUGUGCCAUGCAGGAGGGAGGCUGGACCGUGGUGCAGCACAUCACUGUCAACAGCAGCGUGAAUUUUGAUUGCACCUGGGCUGAGUACAAAGACGGCUUUGGGUACGUCACAGGGGAUCACUGGCUUGGGAAUGAGCACCUGCAUCAGCUCACCCGCGGCCCUGCGCGCUAUAAACUAGGAAUAAAACUUGUUGACCAAGAUGCCGUCACCAAGAUGGGGGAAUACGAUCCAUUCCUGGUCGAGGAUGAGAACUCAGCAUACCGGCUGAGGCUCGGUUUGUUCCAGGGCACGGCUGUGGACGCUCUGACUCUAGACACAGACAACUACCUGCAUGACAACCAGAAAUUCACCACAAAAGACAGAGACAAUGACAACUACUUCCAAAAUUGUGCCAAACUGGAGUUUCAAGGGGUGCCAGGAGGAGGAUGGUGGUACGACGCCUGCGCCGGCGCCAAUCUAAAUCGCAGGAAUGUCAUUUACUGGCAAAAGGACUGUAACAAAGAGCGGCUGUGCAAAUAUGCAUGGAUGAUGGUGAGACCUUCAGACACAGUUAAACUCGUUCACAGUGGAGACUGCAGGAAAGAUGAACUCUGAGUUCUGUGUCAAAAACUUUAAGAUUAUCUUCAAACACUACGGAGAGGGACAUGAAUGUUUUUUUUUGAUAACAGUUAUUAUAUUAGAUGUUAGGUUCACCACAUUUUAUUCAGAAAUGUAUGGACAUGAUCACAAAAACAAACAAGAAACAAGAAAACAAAAACUUUUAUCACAAACUUGAAACACAGUAUAAAAUUGCAGUAAUGUUUAAGAUCUAGCUUUGUUUCCAUUGUACGCCAUAUCAACACACAUGAAGCAAAGCAUCGUCAUUCUGCCAGUUGCAAGUGCAAACGUCUGUCACAGUUCCAAAAACAGUGUUUCAAGACAUUAUAGCUUAUGGCAAAUAAUAACAAAACAACUUUUGCAUGUCAUCUUCCAUCCAACGCUUACAGAUAGGAGAAUUUCACAAACAUGUUUUUUUCCACAAUAAAUCACAGGCUUGGCAGAAAUACGACAAGGAUAUGAUGACAUUGAUUUAGCCACAGUAAUCUGCAGAGAACAACUGUAUGCUCAAAGGAAAAGAAGAUAUCCUGAGGAUGAAGGGUAAUAAAGAGGUUUUCGUAAACAGCAUGUGCUGUCAAAUCCUCCAUGCCACUUCCUCUGUAAACACUGACAUGGUUAGCAAGUUAGUCAUGUCAUUCAAAUCAAAAGAUUUACAGCAUUGUCUUUCACCUGUUGACCAGUAGUAUCAUUUAAGGGAUUUUACUAGUGCCUGUUGUUUAAUUACAGGCUUUGUUCUCCGUGCGUAUCUGACUGUAUUUUAAACAGAAACUUUGCAACAUAGAAAAUGCAUGUCAUGUGAAAACACUUAAACUGAAUCUAUAUUUAGUCAUCUGACAAACUGCAAUGGCACCAAAGGCUUUGAUUAUCGUCAAGUUACAAUCUUGACUUAGAACGCAGACUCUGACACUAGGAUGACACGAAUUAGCCCUUUAAAACAAAAGCAGCCAUUCCAAAACGUAUGCAAACAACACAAACACAAUAUUCAAAAAGACUUAGAGAGAUCUGCAUGUGUUUUGGGUGCAGAAGCAUCAAAUUGGGGGAGAAUACAAAUACAGCACAUUAUGAAAUAAUCUAUGAUAACUGAUGACAUCGUGUGCAAGUUUAUGAGUAAAUGCUGUUUUUAAAAGCUAUUGUAGAGCCUAUAUACAGUGUCAUACUGGUACAAUUGUAUAAUGGGCUCCCAUUUCCAGAGUUUUAGAAGCAAUAAACAUAUACUAUAGCAGACCUACUAAUCAAUGAGCACACUAUAAGAUGUACCAGCCUCUUGAUAUCUAUAUAUUUUACUUCUGGUAUCACCUACUAUGUAGAAUUCAGGUUCAUAAAGAACAGAUU